AAACCCAGCCGCAUCCGGUGGGUCGGCUUUAUCUUCUCCUUCCCCAAGUGUAAACCCUAGCUACUUGUAGCCAACUCUUUAAUUCAGGGUAUCCGUGAGUGGAUUGAUCGGUCAAUAUCGUGCUAUUUCCUCUGAUCUGCUGAUUGAUCCUCUAGAUCCAGCCUUUGGACCUCUGUCCCUAACGCGUGCCCGAUCCGAUCGAUCUGCAGACUCAGAAUCGAUCGAUGGGAUCCUUCCUCUCUUCGGCUGCCGGUGCCGGUGCGGCGGGCGAGGUCGAUCAUGGCGCACGCUCCCUCUGCUCUCCUACCAUAAAGGAGUGCACCCGCCGUAUGACAAACCAGGAGCUAGCUCGGUUAGAUGGAUACGAUCCAGUAAGCUUCCAAGAACUCAUGGCCAGAGGAAAUGCUGGCGGCCCCACGUUGUUACAAGACGAGGCUGACUCCGCCGCCGUUUGUAAGCUUGUCCACUGCGCCCUCAAACACUACAACUCCAAAAACCGGGGCGACUUCGAGUAUCCCGCCGAGCUGACCACGGAGAUGAAGGCCACUGGUAUCAGUUUCAGGGAACGUUUUUGGUACCAUGUUGGCUUCUUGGCGCGCCGGAGGAAUGCUGGCGCUGAUGAUGAGUGGCAACACUUCUUUGCCGAGCUACGCUUCAAUGAGUGGACCCGCAGACCAAAUGUUCAAACAUGCACCAUCUUAGAAAAGCCGUUGUGCCGCUUCAGAAGCAGGUGUGCUUUUUGUACAGAUGGGUCUAAGAUUUUGCACCCAAGUGAUAUGGAAUUUGCGUGUGGAAAGGAGGGGCACGAAAAGGAAUUCUUCAACAAGAAAGAUAUGCAAGUGUGGCCGAUUGAUCCUAUGAGGCAUGCAUCACGGACGUAGGAUACUUAUGGUUUUCUUUGUAUUUGUCAUCCUUGUUGUUUAAUUUCCUGGAUCAUAAGAGAAAUAAAUUAUUGUCCAAGCUUCA